CCAGUGAAGAUGAGUGGAAGAGGCAAAGGAGGAAAAGGACUCGGUAAAGGAGGCGCUAAGCGUCACCGCAAAGUCCUCCGUGAUAACAUCCAGGGAAUCACCAAGCCCGCUAUCCGCCGUCUGGCUCGCCGCGGUGGAGUGAAGCGUAUCUCCGGUCUGAUCUACGAGGAGACCCGCGGAGUGCUGAAGGUCUUCCUGGAGAACGUGAUCCGUGAUGCCGUCACCUACACCGAGCACGCCAAGAGGAAGACGGUGACCGCCAUGGAUGUGGUGUAUGCUCUGAAGAGACAGGGACGCACUCUCUACGGAUUCGGGGGUUAAACUCUGACUAGCAUCAAACAACCAAAGGUCCUUUUAAGGGCCACACACUUAUAUAAAGAGCUGACUUUCUAACAAUUUUUUUUUAAAGCUUUCUUUUACAAACCUCUAAUAUCAACACUAUUGUUGCGAAAAGUCUGAGCCUAUUAACAAUACUUUUGAAUUUUUGUAGCUUUCAUUAACUUUAGAAAGUGUCUCAAAUCACGUGUAGCAGUAAGCCAAAUGUAAUGGAGGUUUAAUGGUGUAUAAAGUAACCAUAACAUGGAAAUAUUGAACAGUACUCAAGUAUAUGUAUUCAGUUACUUUCCUGGUCACCUUUAUUAAACUGCUGUUAUUGUAUCGGUAA